GGCGGAGCAACACAUCCUUCAUUACCGAGCAGACCACAGGGCGACAGAGAGGGAAGCUGUGAAAGCCACCAGAUGUGAACUGGACUGCGGAAGGAGAAUACCCAGAAGUAAAGACGGAGAACCAUCGAAUCUGCUAAUAUGUGGCAACCUGCGUCGGAGCGGCUGCAGCACUUUCAGACAAUGCUGAAGACGAAGCUGAACGUGCUGACACUGAGGAAGGAGCCGCUGCCUACAGUGAUCUUUCAUGAGCCCGAGGCCAUUGAGCUCUGCUCUGCUACGCCGCAUACAAAGAGCAGGACCCACGCUGGAUACAAGGUGACCUAUCUGGGCAAGAUGACAAUCUCUGGGACCCAGUUCUUAUCAGGCUGCACGGAGUCGGCGGUAGUGAGUCUGGUAGAACGCCGUGCCUUGGCCCAGAAGCAAGGCACCAACCCCUCGAGCAACUUCCUACUGGAAAUCCGUCCCUUCCAGGUGCGCCUCCACCACCUGGACGAGAGCGGCGAAGUCUCUCUAACCGUUGAUGCCUACCAGGUGGCGCGCAUCGCCUACUGCACAGCCGACCACAGUGUAAGACCCAACAUAUUUGCCUGGAUUUACCGGGAGAUCAACGAUGACCUGUCCUUCCAGAUGGACUGCCACGCCGUGGAGUGUGAGAGCAAACUAGAGGCCAAGAAGCUGGCACACUCCAUGAUGGAGGCUUUCCGUAAGACUUUCCAGAGCAUGAGCAGCGACGGGCGCAUUCACAAGAGCGGCUCAACAGACGACUUUGCCGAGGACUCAUCCACGCCUGAUGACUCAACCCCAGACGAUGGUUGAAGUCACUCAUGUUCCUGAUCUCUGUGCUAACAAAUUAAGGGGUGACUGGAUGGACAGAAUAACUGCUCAUAUUCAUUUUCCCCUGCUGUUUCUUUCUAUUUUGAAUUUGGUAAGAAAAAAAAAAAUAUAUAUAUAUAUAAAUAUAUCUAUAUAUAUAUAUAUAUAUAUAUAUAUAUAUCCACUCUAUGAACCGACACGCCCAGGAUGAUGAAGUACCCUAUAAAUUGAGUGAAGGAAAGAUUUGAUAAAGAGCUUCUAUACAUGAAAGUACUCGAUGACCCUCUCGAGGGAUUGAAGCCUCACUGUAAUAACCCACAAAAUGGUACUCAUCGUUUCCCUUUUAGCCCCUGUUGUUCUGCACCUCUCGAAAACUAACUGGGUGUCUUUUUUUGUCCACAAAAAGAAACAAAUUUUUAUCCAAUGCCAUACUAACCUUUUUGCUCUUCUUGCCAUUUAGGGACCAAAUGCAGGUACGCAGGUGGCCUAUUCCAGGAGUUUAGGACUGUUGAUGAUCCUUCACCUGUUAUGCGAAUAUGUGUUAAAACGUUUUAGCCGUCAUAACAGCAAAUGAGUAUGUGGGGGGGCUUUCAUUAGGGUUACCUUAUGUUAUCCAAGAAAAUGAUCAGUAAGUAUGAGAGAGCAACAACUUCUGUCUCCAUUUUAUUGGUACUGAAAGAUACAGUGUCUGUAAGAUAUAAUGAAAAAUUGGUUAUAUUUCAGAAGUUCUCACUAGGCUGGAAGCCUGAGCCUGUAUGAGACACCUUAAUCGUCUGAGUUUGUUUUAUGUAUACCAAAAUACAGGCUACAUUUUGCCUUUCAGAUUAUGUGCCUCACUUUCCCAUCAUGUCACAGUGCAUGUGUGCUUUUACGUUUAUCUUUGUGCGUAUAGUAAGUGUAAAUGCUUAAUUCUCUUCUGUGUGUAUAUGCAUGAAAAUGCAAGCAUCUGGGUGUGAGAGAGCAGGAAGACAUGAGGAAUAAUCGAAUGAAACAGUGGGGGAUAAUAUUUUUUGUUUGAAGUUUUUUUUAAUUCGACGUGGUACUGCAAUCAUUUCCCACAUCUUCCUUUUUUUCAUCGUUAUCUUACACAAUAUUCAAGUAAAACAGUCAGAGUGUGCCAGAUGCUGACGUUGCUAAAUUGCAACCAUCAAAGUGAGCAGCUCACAUCUCCUGGCCACUGCUGAAUGUAUGAGUCCGUCGUACUGUGAGCGCGCUACAUCAUGCCCAGUCACUUCAGGCUCCACUAAUCGCCUCAUGUUCUCUCAGUGUCUUGAAGGGAGUAACAGUAAGUGGGAUAGAUAUAUCUGCUGCUCUGCAUCUCCACUCCAAGACUGAGACGCUUUCCUCUCUGACAGGACAUCACUGAACGGACUCAACGCCAUCGAGUCGCAUGGUUCUAAUCAGCACAUGCAGGGCCUUGUAAAAGUAUUAUGACCCCUUGAUAUUUGUCUUCUACUGUCACUUAAACAUAAUUUUUAGUGUAUUUUAUUGGGAUAUUUUUGUGAUGGACCUUAAUAAGGUAGUGCUGUUUUGUGAGGUCAAAGAAAAAUAAUACAUGGACUUCGAAACUAAAUACAGAUCUGAAAGUAUAGCUUUAAACGUAUAUCCAUUACAUGUUCCGACGGCAAAUUAAGUGUGAUUUUGGCCAUAUCUGAGGACUGCACCUUCUUCCACAUUCUUGCUUCCUCCACAGUGCUUGCCCUACAUCAGAAGGGAACUUCAGAAGGGAGUUCCUAUAGCUGGCUUGCAAGAAUCCAACAUUUUUUCUGUUAAAGGCUGGAUUUGUUGCAUGGCUGACUAAUAGUUUUGUCAACAGAUUCUCCUACUUGAGCUUUGGCUCUCUACAGCUCCUCCAGAGUUACAUUAGGCAUCUUUUUCUGAUUAAAGCUCUCUUUGCCUGACUUGUUGUUUUAGGGGGAUGACCAUGUGCUAUACUCUUCAUUUUCAGAUGAUUGGUUAAACUAUGCUUGGGAAGACGUUAAAAGAUACUGCUUUACAAAUUAGCCCUGCCUUAAAGCUUUCCACAGCUGUCUGUCUGAUCUUUCUACUCUGUUCCUUGGUCUUCAUGAUGCAGUUUGUUCACUUAUGUUCUCUAACAAACCUCUGAGGCCUUCACCAAAAAGCUGGAUGUAUACUGAGAUUAAAUUACACAUGAGUGGACUCUAUUUACUAAUUAGGGGAUUUCUGGAGGCAGUUGCUCGCAGUGGAUUUUAUUUAGGUGUUGUUGGAGUAAAGGGAACUGAAACCGAUGCAUGACAUGUUUUCAAUUUCUUGACAAAAAAAAAAGAAAUUCUUCCUCCUCACUAAAAUGCACAAACAAAUCCCGAUAAAAAAAUGUUGAAAGUUGUGUUUAACCAAAUGUGAAAAAAUGCAAGGCAUAUUAAUAUGUUGGGAAGUUAUUGUAAACUUAGACAAACCUAGAUACAAGAAAACAAACUGUAUGUACACAAAAUGUAUUUCAAACUUGCUCAGUAAGCUUAUGUAAAUACAAAUGUAUCACUUUCUAAAUAUUACAACAUAAAUGGUGAUAGCUAUUUUAAAUAAAAAAUAUUGAGAACCUUUAUAUGCUGAAAUAGGGUAAUUAAGCUGAACUGUGAAGAAGUGGAGAGGCUGAUUUGCAAUGGAUGGAAGAGUGUGUGUGUUUGAACUGAAUGUGGUGGAAAGUGUCUACGGAGAGGUUGGAGAGACAAGGAAUGAUUGUAAAGCUGUAGUUUACCGUGCCAUGUUUGCCUCACAGCUCAGGCACGCUUUAAAUGUUAAGGGGGGAGCAAUGUUACCAUAAUUGUUUUCUAUAUGGUGUGUGUGCAAAGAUCAAAAACACAGUUGCAUAUAAAGCAUUUACCAAGA